AAUUGCAAUUUACCAUUAUGUUGAGGUAAGGAGAAAAGUUAGGAGAUUAAUAGGAAUAGGUCAGUCAGGAAAAAGGUAGGAGAUUAAACGAACCGGAGAAAAGUUAGGAGAUUAAAUUAGGAAUAGAUCAAGAGAAAGGAUAUAAAUUGGAAAUGGGGCAGCAAGGAAGAGAAUGCAAAAAACAACAUAUCAAGAGAGAGAGAGAACAGGGAGAGCAAGAAGCUAGGACGUUCUACUGCUGCUCAACGACUUCGAAAGGCAAGAUGUUCAACUACAGGAGACUAAGAGCGAACAGGGAAUCCUCAAGAAACGAGGAAAGCCCCAGACAAGGAAUGGGGGGCAUUAUCACCGUAAUAGUGAUACUUGUUAAUGAAGCAUUGCAAACGGCAGCAACUAACGGUUUGCUGUACAAUAUGGUAAUUUACUUAAUGAUGGAUUAUCAUAUGACUGCUGCAAAAGCCGAAAAUAUUGUAUUCUACUGGAAUGCUGCUACUGGUAUCGUGGCCAUUUUGUGGGCCCCCAUCACAGAUUCUCAUCUUGGCCGUUUCUCCACCAUCAGCAUUGCUUCAGCGUGCAGUCUCUUGGUAAAAUACUAUUUCCUAAGUAGCUUUCUCAAAUGAAUUUAAUUUGCUUGUUUUUAUAAGAAUAUACAUUUCUUCUCACUAGCUUCCUGUAUGUUUAUGAAACUUGUUUACCGUCUCUGGAUUCUUCUAAUUGGGUUGCCAACAAUAAAAGUACCAGUGCUGUUUAUACUGAGUAAAAUGUUUUCAUUCAC